ACACCCACUCAAAAAGUAACAACCGCCAAGAAUGUUCAACAUAAAGCUCCAGCCGCGUCGAAGCCCAAGACCCUCGUCCCAGACCAAUAUACCCACAACAGCGCCAAAAUGAGUGUUAUGCCAGUUAACCCCCGACCGAUGCUACAAUCGCUUGUGAACGAAGAAGUAGUAGUACGCCUCAAGUGGGGACAAACCGAAUACAAAGGCAUCCUCGUCUCCAUCGACAGCUACAUGAACAUCCAACUCACCAACACCGAGGAGUUUAUCGACCAGAAGCUGACCGCCGCGCUCGGCCAGGUGCUGAUAAGGUGCAAUAACGUGCUAUGGAUCCAGGCAGCGCCGACGGGCAAGGAGAACGGGGGGGACACGAAUAUGGAGGGCUGAGUGGGAGGAUAUCGGAGGAUGUUGGGCGCAGAUUUCGGAACAUGCAUGGGAAGGCAGUGAAGCACCUGGGGUGGGAUGCUGUACAUGCUAGGGGUUCUGGCAGGAGUGAAAACUAUACAGGAAGGCAGAUACCAUAGGUGGUGAAUUGAGGCCGGGGUAUGGCGUUACGACUGAGCACAAGAUAGAGCUUUCAUGUAACAAGGGAAAAGGAAAGGCAUUAUGAAUCUUGACUGGCCAUAUUUGUACUUUGCCGCCCAAAAGUCUGGAUAAGUACUGUGCUAAAAAGCAGUGAUUAUAGUGACUGUGAUUAAUAUAAAG